CCACUCUCUCUGUUUGCUCACUCCUAACGUUUCUACACCAUGUCAUCGUCCAUGGAGGCUCUGAUACUGAAGCUCCACGAAAUCUCGGCUGUUAAGUUUGGAAACUUCAAGCUCAAGUCAGGAAUCUUCUCCCCAAUCUACAUCGACCUCCGCCUCAUCGUCUCUCACCCUUCCCUCCUCCGCCAAAUCUCUCAGACCCUCAUCUCCUCCGUCUCCACAAAUUUCGACCUCGUCUGCGGCGUUCCCUACACUGCCCUUCCAAUUGCCACCUGCGUCUCUACCUCUAAUGACAUCCCCAUGGUCAUGCGCCGCAAGGAGGUCAAGGAUUACGGCACCGCUAAGGCGAUUGAGGGUGAGUUUAAGCCGGACCAGACCUGCCUCAUCAUUGAAGACCUCGUUACUAGUGGCGCAUCUGUUCUGGAGACAGCGGCGCCUCUACGGGCGGCGGGGCUGAAGGUGAGUGACGCGGUGGUGUUGAUUGAUAGGGAGCAAGGAGGGAGGGAGAAUUUGGCGGAGAAUGGUAUUAAAUUGCAUGCGAUUUUAAAGUUGACGGAGAUGGUGAGGGUAUUGAAGGAGAAGGGUAAGGUAGGGGAGGAGAUGGAGGGGGUGGUGAAGAAGUUCUUGGAGGAGAAUCGGAAGGUGGCGGUGCCUGUUGUGGCGAAGAAGGUUGGUGGUGACAGGGUUAAGGCUUUGGGGUAUGGAGAGAGGGCGAAAAUGUUGAAGAAUCCUGCGGGAAAGAGGCUGUUUGAGGUGAUGGUGGAGAAGGAGAGCAAUCUGUGUGUGGCUGCUGAUGUGGGCACUGCUGCCGAAUUGCUUGAACUUGCUGAGAAGGUUGGACCAGAGAUCUGCCUGCUGAAAACCCAUGUUGAUAUAUUUCCUGAUUUCACUCCAGAUUUUGGCUCUAAACUACGCUCGAUUGCAGACAAGUAUAAUUUCUUAAUUUUCGAAGAUCGUAAAUUUGCUGACAUUGGUAACACAGUCACAAUGCAAUAUGAAGGGGGCAUCUUUCGUAUAUUAGAUUGGGCUGAUAUAGUUAAUGCUCAUAUAAUUUCUGGACCCGGAAUUGUGGAUGGUCUGAAAUUGAAGGGUUUGCCUUGUGGUAGGGGUCUGUUGCUUCUUGCCGAAAUGAGUUCAGCUGGAAACCUUGCUAAGGGAGACUACACAGCUGCAGCUUUAAAAAUUGCCGAGGAUCACUCUGAUUUUGUCAUUGGCUUCAUCUCAGUUAAUCCAGCAUCAUGGCCGGGGGCACCUGUAAAUCCUGCAUUCAUUCAGGCAACCCCUGGAGUUCAAAUGGUAAAAGGUGGAGAUGCUCUUGGUCAGCAGUAUAACACUCCCUAUUCUGUCAUAUAUGAUAGGGGUAGUGACAUAAUAAUCGUGGGGCGUGGAAUUAUAAAGGCUUCGAACCCUGCAGAGGCUGCUCGAGAAUACCGUCUUCAAGGAUGGGAUGCAUACCUGGCUAAAUGUGCAUAAAGAGAUUGCCUUCUGGUGUGCUCCCAUUGGGAAACUACGGCAUACCUGAUCAUAAAUCGUGGAUAAUUUAAACUUAUGAUUGAAUUACGUUGACUGACGUGUCUUAAAGACAUUCAUGUUUUGUUUGUUUUGUUAUCAUGGAUGGCUGGCAUAUGCUUUGAUUACACCUUAAAACAUGAUGGUUAUAAAGCCGGGGGAGGGGGGAAGAGCCCUUAUGAC